GAUGGCGGCGAUGACGACGAUGACGGCGACGACGAUGAUGAUGGCGGCGCCGCCUCCUCGACUCCUCUCACCGUCCCCGGGCCGGUUCCUUCAACGCAGUAAACAGUCUCUGCCCGUCCGCCCGCAAAUGUACACAUCAACGCAUGCAGUGUUGGUUCUAGCUCUUGAAUUCUGAAGCAAGGAUGGAGAAUGACACGAUGGAGACAGAGGCCGAUGACAGUGGGCCAGCUGCGGACUCCAUCUCCGUUUCCUCCUUAAAGCUGAACGGCUUUAACUCGCAGUUGAGUGACGGCGAAAACGAAGACUUGAACUGCGACGGAGGUGAUUUGGAAGUCAAUCCUUUCGAUGGACUCCCUUUUUCCUCGCGGUAUUAUGAGCUCCUAAAAUGGAGAAAAACUCUGCCGGUCUGGGGUGCAAAGUACCAUUUCAUGGAAAGCCUUGUCAACAAUAAUAUGGUAUUGGUGUCUGGCCAACUAGGAUGUGGCAAAAGUACACAGAUUUCCCAGUGGUGUGCUGAGUAUGCCCUGUCGGCCCAGUAUCAACACGGAAUGGUGGUCUGCACUCAACCCCACAGUCUGUCCGCCAUGUGUUUAGCGCAACGUGUAGCAGAUGAACUGGACUUAAACGUAGGGCAUGAAGUUGGGUACCGUGUUCCUUAUGAAGACUGCUGCACAACAGAAACUAUUCUCAGGUACUGCACAGAUGAUAUAUUGCUCUGUGAAAUGAUGUCCGACCCCUUGCUACGUCACUACGGAGUUAUAAUUAUCGAUGAAGCCCACGAGCGAACCGUGGCAACUGAUGUGCUCCUUGGUUUAUUGAAAGACUUGCCAAAGCAGAGGCCGGAGCUGAAGUUGGUCGUGAUCACAGCACCGUACCUGGCAGAUAGACUAGGGAGUUACUAUCCUGACGUGCCUUUUGUGAAAGUGGAGGGUGCUGCUGAAAGUUCAUUUCCAGUGGAAGUCAUAUAUCGAGAUGGACAGUUUAAGGAUUGUGUCUCAGCUGCUUCACAAACGGUACUGGAUAUCCACAGAAAGGGAGAAGAGGGCAACAUUAUAGUCUUCUUGGCCAGUGAAAAGGAGGUAACCGACUGCUGUAGAAGCAUACGGACAGAAGGGGGAGCUAUUGGGUCUCAGUUGGGAGAGCUGAUCCCGAUUCCAUUGCAUUCGGGCACCGGAUGCAACUUUCAGAAGAUUUAUGAUAAUUGCAACCAGAAGUUUAAAGAUCAUCGUAGGAAAAUUAUCAUUGCAGACUCCUUAGCUGAUUCUUCAUUUUCUAUUGACGUUUCUUAUGUGAUAGACUCUGGAAUGGAACAAAAAACUGUAUAUAAUCCUCGCAUUCGGGCUGAUUCUCAGGUAAUUCAACCCAUUAGCAAGAGCCAGGCUGAGCUGAGGUGCCAGAGACUAGGUCACACUUGCCCAGGGAAGUGUUUCCGCUUGUACUCGGAAGCAUUCCACAACAAAAUGGCGUCGGUUCCCCCACCUCGAGUGUCUGAGACCAACCUGAGUCACCUGGUACUUCUGCUGAAGAGGCUGGAUAUUGCAGACAUGGGACAAUGUGACUUCCUGGACAGACCAGCUCCCGAGGCUCUGAUGCAGGCACUGGAGGACCUGGAUUAUUUAGCUGCUCUGGACGACGACGGGAAUUUGUCAGAAGUUGGAAUAAUUAUGUCUGAAUUCCCCCUGGAUCCCCAGCUUGCCAAAGCUCUGCUUGCAUCUUGUGAAUUUGACUGCGUGAAUGAGAUGUUAACAAUAGCUGCAAUGGUAAUAGCAUCACCGUGUUUCGUUGUGCCACCAAAGCAUUUGGAGGAAUCUGCGGCGAUUCGCAGAAGGGUACUUCUGCAUCCUGAGGGCGACCAUUUUACGCUCAUCAAUGUCUACAAUGCCUUCAAACAGCAUAAUGAAGAUGAAACGUGGUGCCUGAAGAAUUAUCUGAGUUAUUCUGCUCUGAAGUUGGCCGAUAUCAUUCGUUACGAACUUUUGGAGCUAAUGCAGAGAAUCGAGCUGCCAAUCUCACCACCUAACUUCGGGAUGGAAGAGAACGUUCUCAACAUAAAGCGAGCUCUAAUCUCUGGCUACUUCCUUAAGGUGGCCAGAGAUGUGGAUGGAUCUGGAAAUUACUUGAUGCUGAAUCACAAUCACGUGGCUCACCUACAUCCUAUGUCGUCUUACCUCACCCGAAAACCUCAGCUGCCGCCUCCCUCCUGGGUCCUUUAUCAUGAGUUUACCAUCUUUCAAGACAACUGUAUUAGUGUUGUCUCCGAGAUUCACCCGGAAAUGCUGCUUGAGUUUGCACCACAGUACUACCUUAGCAACCUACCAGCCAGCGAGAGCCGUGACCUGCUGAUGGAACUGAGGGAGAAGGAAAGCGGGGCUGAAACCCAGCCGGAUGAGGAGUUGGAGGAAACUCUGAGGGAGGAGGAAAACUUGGAAGUGGGCGAAAAUGAGGAGCUCUGCCUGCUUCAGUAAAUGGAGAGAGAGAGAGAGAGGCGGUCGCACUGCAAAGAGAGCAAAGGCACCGGUCCAUUAAUGACAACUGGCCCUCCAACAUGGCCCGUACAUGACCUGGGAACCAAAUCCAGCAUAGGAAAUACUUCUGACACUUAUCUCGCCAUCUCUUAUUAACAGAAUCGACAGGAGGUUUGAUUUUUUAAUCUCUGCUGCCCCAGGACGUGAUCUUCAUAACAUGGGUGACAAUGUCCGUAACGCUCCUGGAGGGAGUGGGAAGAAGACUGGAAGGAAAAGUUUGCGGAAAGUGUUGGAGCAAGUGACUAAUUUCCCCCAAAGAACAGACAGUGUGGGCCACUUUCAAUGCUGUGUGAUUCUGAAAUUCUAGUCAAAACAUAUUUUGGUUCAGUAAACAGUGAGUCACUUUCAGAUGAAAUGAUUCCCCGACCUAUCUUUUUAUCUGCCUAUUCUUCUUCGAGCUAGCAACUUGUGGUUGGGUCUGCUUAUCUUUGCCAGGGGCUUAAGGUCAUAAGUAAUAGGAGCAGUAGUAGGCCAUUCGGCCUAUCAAAUCUACUCAGCCAUUCAAUCAUGGCUGUUCUAUCUCUCCCACCUAACCCCAUUCUCCUGCCUUCUCCCCAUAACCCCUAACUGCAGUGUACUUCUAUACUUACUGCAGAGUGCAUUAUAAAGGUCCCAUGUUAGAUGAGCUUUGGGGAUAUUUUCACCCAUUUGCGUUAAUGGCCCCUAACAUUGAAUUGCCUUUUUUGUUAACGUGAUGGUGUCAACUCUGCUCUGGAAACAGUGAAAUUUAGUUUAAUUUAGAGAUACUGCGUGGCACAACAUGUCCACGCCGACCAACAAUCACCCAUACAUUAGUUCUCUCCUACACAAUUUACGGAAGCCAAUUAACCUACUGCACAUCUUUGGAAUGUGGGGGGAAAUCGUUGCACCCGGUCUCGUCCCGAAACAUCACCCAUUCCUUCUCUCCAGAAAUGUUGCCUGACCUGCUGAAUUACUCCAGCAUGUGUCUUAUCACCCAGAGAAAACCCACUUGGUCACAAGGAGAACAUACAAACUCCGUACAGACAGCAUCCAUAGUCAGGAUCGAACCCGGGUCUCUGGCGCUGUAUGGCAGCAACUCUACCGUUGCACUUUCGUGCCGAAUUGCCACAUGGAUGCGUGCAGGUAUUGUUCUUCUGAGCUUGGCACGAACGCAAGUAAUUGGAUAUUUAAUUUUGCAGCUCGCGAAUGUUUUGUUUUAAUUCUGCCUCUGGCAGUGAAGAAAAUAUCCCAAUUUCCCAAAACUGGCAUUCCUCACUAAGAACACAAAACAAUACUUUAGUCAGAGGCCCAAGAUUUUUAACACAAAAAGCUUAUCUCAGCAUAAAUUCUCUUGAAAGAUAAUCAAAUCGUCGCUUAAAAGGUACUGUUGAAGUAAAUGAAUGUGAACAAUGAAUCGAUAAGAUGCCUAGUGAAGACGGUGAUUGUGGCACCAAAUGGCCUCUUUCUCUGGUGUAACACUUCAGGGUUCCAUGACCAUCGUACUCGUUACUGCUUCCGGAUAUGUACAUAGUACACCUCGCCACAAAAACUCACCUCUACCCUGGAGAAAAUUCUGUAUGCGCAUGUGUGUCUUUAUCCGCAUGUGCGUGUUUGAUCUGUGCUCAUGGACAUAUUUGUAAAUCCAAAUACGUUGUCCCUUGCAGUUUGCACAAGAGACACUUGUAACGUGGACGGAGGUAACGUAGCAAUACAAGGGUCGAAUGCACUACUUGACUUUUUAAGAGGUUGGACACUAAAUUGGUUGUAUAGUUACUGGGAAUUGUAUUAUACAACUAGAUUUGCAACUUUCUCCUUUACUCCUUGUAGAUAGUUUGUUGGUUACCCCAGUUUUUACGUUGGCUUCCGUUAAGAAGAGCAAGAGCUGACUAGAAUGCUGGAUCGGUCAAUAGUUCAGUUCAGUUUAGCUUCUUGUCACGUGUACAGUGAAAAGUUUUACAGAUUUCUAUCCAUAACACUCCAGGACAUCUGACCACCAUACAGCACACUGGAGGACCUCCAUCUUGACUAGUACAUCCACCACCAUCACAGUGCUGAGUGAUGCUCUCUCUAGAGCUUUUCAACGUAUUACAUCCAGAACCAGAGAUCUCCAGAUACAAAAUGUUGGGUCAGGUAGCAUCGCUGGAGAACUUCAGCAGGUCAGUUAGCAUCGCUGGAGAACAUGGAUAGGUGACGUUUCGGGUCGAGAUGCUUCUGAAGAAGUCUGAAGGGGGGGGUCUCGACUGGAAACAUCACUGAUCUGUGUUCUCCAGCGACGCUGCUUAAUCUGCUGAGUCACUCCAGCACUUUGUGUAUUAACCAGCAUCUGCAGUUCUUUGUUUCUACACAUGGCACGGUGGAUUGUUUAUUUGGAAGCAUCUCCACCUUCUGUAAAUGAUCUCAAGUACAACCCAGUUUGAUGCCCAGUGGAUCGGUUUGUAGCAGCUGAGGUGCUUAAGCCGAUAGUCGUCAUUGUUUGAGAGAACUAGUAGUCGCUGCCAUUCUAGUUCCUCUCUCUGUGUCUGCUCUGUACGGUUUACUUGGGAGAAAUGGUCAGGGGGUGUGGGUUCUCAUUCCAAGGAUGAGUGAUUUCAGAGCAUCUUUCCACACAUUCUUUAGAUAGUCAUACAGCAUGGAAACAGGCCCUUCAUGCCAACAUGCCCACACAGACCAACAUGUUCCUCUGCAUCAGUCCCACCAGCCUGCAUUUGGCCCAUAUCCCUCUAAACCUGUACUAUCCAUUCACCUGUCUAACUGUUUCUUAAAAGCUGCGAUAGUACCUGCCUCAACUACCUCCUCUGGCAGCUCGGUCCAUAUACACACCACCCUUUGUGUGAAAAAGUUACCCCUCAGGUUACUAUUAAAUCUUUCCCUCCUCACUUUAACCCAUGCCCUCUAAUUCUCGAUUCCCCUACUCUGGGCAACAGACUCUAUGCGAUCUAGCCGAUCUAGUCCUCUCAUGAUUUUGUUCGUUUUUGCUUUUCUUGAUUGAUCAGCAGAGCUUUUGCUUUGAAUAUGCUACAGCGGAGUAUUGAAGUGUCCUAUUUAAUAAAUAAGUCUUUCCUUAUUUGUUUUCCUGCCUUCAUCCUUCAUCAAAACUCUAAAACUAGGGAAUUCUGGAAUGGUAGGUGAAAACGGAUCACGCUUUUGUAUUUAGCUCCUCUAGUUUUUUUUGCCACGUGAGCCGAGGUAGAAUGCAAAGCUUUUGUUGGUAUGUACAAGUGUCCAGAGAAUAGUGUCUUUACAUGUAACUUCAAAUCUUGGAGCUGAAAUGAAAUAUGUGAAUGGUUCCCAAAACAUUGACUAACUUGGGCUCCAGGUAGCCGUUAUCACAAGUGGCAAAGUGACCAGCUGUGCCCUGGGAAAUAAAUGCCUGGUGCUGUUGCCGAGGCUUGAUUCUGUACCUUGUAUUGUGCUAGUUACACUCUGUCUCUUUAUGGCCCAGUUGCUGAAGUUUAAGGAGGGAAAAUAUCAUCUGGAGGUCUCAUUCUUCAUCUCUCUGCAUCAAUGGGGAAAGUUAGAUGUUAAAAGGGAUAAGCUUGGAUUGGAUCAACUGCGAUUGUUUUCUGUAGAAUGCCAGAGGUUCAUGAAUUCAUGUUAGAAUUAGACCAUUCGGCCCCUUCAAGUCUACUCCAACAUUCAGUCUUGGCUGAUGUAUUUUUCCCUCUCAACCCCAUUCUCGUGCCUUCUCCCCGUAACCCCUGACACCCGUACUAAUCAGGAUUCUGUCAAUAUCCGUCUUCAAAAUAUUGUUUAUUGACGGCCUCCACAGGCUUCUGUGGUAAUGAAUUCCACAGAUUCACCACCAUCUGACUAAAAAAAUUCAUCCUCAUCUUUCUAACAGUACUUCCUUUUAUUCUGAGGCUGUGUCCUCUGGUUGUAGACUUUCCCACUAGUGGAAACAUCUGCUCCACAUCUUCUCUAUCUAGGCUUUUCACUAUUCGGUAAGUUUCAAUGUUUCAGGUUGAGGGGAGAUCGGAUAGUAGUAUAUAAAAUAAUGAGAGCCAUAGCUAGGGUAAACAGCAAGAUCAUUUUUCCCAAGACUAAACUAGAGGGGAUAGCUUUAAGAUGAGACAAGCUAAAGGAGAUGAUGAGGUAUUGUUACAGAGGGUGGUGGGUGCCUGAAAUACAUUGCUAUGGAUAGUGGUGGAGGCAGAUAACAACAGUGGGGUUUAAGAGGCUUGCACAUGGCUUGGCAUGGAAUGGAGGGAUACGGAUCCUGUUCAGGAGAAGAGAUUAGUUUAUCUUCCCGUUAUAUUCAGCACUGAUAUUGCAAUGUUCCAAUGUGGUGCUUUUCUGUGUACUAUGUUCUAACUAGUGCACUGAUGGCUGCUGUUUGAGCUGAUUGGGUUGUACGUUGGCAAGACGUGUGGAAGUUGAACCCAACGUGGACAUCAGUCACAAGAAGAAAUAUAAAAUUACUUUUGCAAAGUCACAUCUUUUGAUCACGAUGAGAGCCACAAAUGUGAAUAAUUGUAAAUUAUUUCCAUUAUGAUUUUGAUAAAAGUCAAUGUGUUGAGCUAAUGUAUCUCAACUACAUAUGCUGACUGGCCUUGCAUGGGGCAUAGGUCCACCACAAGUAAUAGCUUUAAAAUUCAUAUUUUAAUUUUGACCCAUUAAGACAGCAUAGGAUUUUAUUCACCUUUUGUGGCUGAACGCUAAUGUUUCAACUUGGGUGUGGGGGAAAAAGUAACAGCUCAAUUAAUCUGACCCGAAACGUCACCUAACCAUUUUCUCCAGGGAUGCUGCCUGACCCGCUGAGUUACCCCAGCACUUUGUAUCUUUUUUGUUCAUCAGCAUUUGCAAUUCCUUGUUUCUACCCAAUUAACCUGCAGGCCAGUUUAUCGUUGACAUCUGAAGAAGGGUCUCAACCCGACAUCCAUAUUUUCCAGAAAUACUGGACCUAAAGUGCUAGAUUAACUCAGCGGGUCAAGCAGCAUCUCUGGAGAACAGAGAGAGGUGCCAUUUUGGGUUGGAACCCUUCUCUUUUCCACAGGUACUGCCUGACACACUGAUUUACUCCAGCAUUUGGUGCCUUUUUAUAAAUCUGCCAUUUCUUGUUUCUCCUUAUCUGGUGUUGUUCUGCUGCUGGUGAGGUACAGACCCACCUUUAUCAGAGCUUGUGUAAACCUAACAAGUUGACAAAUGUUAUUUUAUCGGGAUGCAUCACAGCACAGUUUGGGAACAGCUCCAUCCAAGACUACGAGAAAUUGCAGCAAAUUGUGGACGCAGCCCAGACCAUCACACAAACCAACCUCCCUUCCAUUGACUCCAUUUAUACCUCACGCUGCCUCGGCAAGGCCACCCGCAUAAUCAUGGACAUGUCACACCCCGACCACUCCCUCUUCUCCCCUCUCCCAUCAGGCAAGAGGCACAGAAGUGUGAAAACGCACACCUUCAGGUUCAGCGCCAGUUUCUUCCCAGCUGUUAUCAGGCAACUGAAUCACCCUUUCAACAACUAGAGAGCGGUCCUGAGCUAUCAGCUAUCUCAUUGGAGACCCACAGACUAUCUUUAUUCAGACUUGACUGGACUUUAUCUUGCAGAUGUCGUUAUUCCCAUUAUCCUGUAUUACAUUGUGGAUGGCUUGAUUGUAAUCAUGUAUAGUCUUUCUGCGGACUGGCCUCCCUCCGUACACGUGAACUAAACUAAACUAAAAUCCAGGUAGCUAGGCAUUGACAUUUCUUCAGUGUUUCAUGAGUGGCACAUCUGCUCUGGAUUAACAAGAAGUAAACUGUGAACAUUUGAGAUAUUACACAGUAGGCAUAAGGAACUGCAGGCGCGGGAAUCUUGAGCAAUAAACACAAACUACUGGAGUAACUCGGCGUGGCUGCAGCAUCUCUGGAGGACGUUUAGUUUAGAGAUGCAGCAUGGAAACAGGCCCAUCGGCCCACUGUAUCCACGCCAACCAUGGAUCACCCGUUUACACUAGUUCCAGGUAAUCCAACAUGGAU